CUGGCCGCCAUACACACACACAUAGACACACAUAAACAAGCCCACAGUAGAGGAAGAUGGCUACAGAUGUAGGUGAAACCUUGAUGCUAGGGGUGGAGGGGAUCAAGAAGACCAUCUUAUAUGGAGGAAGAGGAGAUCAGCUACCCAGAUUCAUCACAGGAACUAAGGUGGUCUUUCACUUCCGCACCCAGCUGUGCAACGAUGAGCGCACGGUAUUGGAUGACAGCAAGAAGGUUGGCGUGCCCAUGGAGGUGGUGAUUGGGAACAUGUUCAAGUUGGAAAUCUGGGAGACACUGCUCACCUCCAUGAGAAUUGGAGAGGUGGCUGAGUUCUGGUGCGAUAGCACGCACACUGGCCUCUAUCCCAUUGUGGCCAAGAGUCUGCGGCGCAUUGCGGAGGGCAAGGACCCCGUGGACUGGCACAUCCACACCUGUGGCAUGGCCAACAUGUUUGCCUACCACAGCUUGGGCUAUGAUGACCUGGACGAGCUGCAAAAGGAGCCGCAGCCUCUGUUCUUUGUCUUGGAGCUGGUCAAGGUAGAGCAGCCCAAUGAGUACAACAGGGAGUCAUGGGCCUUGAAUGAUGAGGAGAGGCUGAAAUGUGUGCCAGUGCUGCAUGGUCAGGGCAACAAGCUGUAUAAACAGGGACGCUACGAGGAUGCCACACAAAAAUACAAAGAAGCCAUUGUCUGUCUCAAGAACAUUCAAAUGAAGGAGAAGGCAUGGGAGGCUCCAUGGUUGAAGUUGGAAAAGAUGGGCAACACUCUGACUCUCAACUACUGCCAGUGUCUGCUACGCAUGGAAGAAUAUUAUGAGGUCAUCGAGCACACCACUGACAUCGUCAACCAGCACCCAGGAGUGAAGAAGGCUUUCUACCUGCGUGGUAAAGCCCACAUGGAGGUGUGGAACGAGGCUGAGGCCAGGGAGGACUUCAGGAGGGUCCUGGACCUGGACCCUGGCAUGGAAAAAGCAGUGAAGAGGGAGCUGGCGCUGCUCAACAUGCGCCUAGAGGAGAAGAACGAAGAGGACAAGCUGAAGUACAAGGGCAUGUUCUGACCAUGGAACACAAACAAUGGUUGAAUAGAGAGGCAACGACCAGAGAGGGUUGAUGUCGACUACACCGUAUACGUCCUCACAUAUAGGUGGACGAUGGAGUGUGAGUGUGUGUGCGUGAGAGGGCAGAGGAAAACAGAGCAACUAAGGCACUGUACUUAUGACUGUUGGCCAUUUCUGCUCAGUAAACUCUGCCUGUGUGGUACCUGUAUCGAUGUAAAACUGUCAAAAGGAGUAAUGGUAUCUUUUGACAUGUUUGAGACACUAAAGACCAAACUGAAAAUCUGCUUAGCAACCACUGGGAACUUAGACUGGAACCACCAUGGAACUGAGGCUGUUGUUGACUGUUUUGCAUAAACAAGUCUGACAUUUUAUCUUAUGGGUACAUUAAAUGUCCUUUAGGUGGCGCUCUUUCUGUAAAAUAAACCACUGUAAAAUAUACUGCACUUAACUUCAUUUAUACAA